UUGCACUCCGACAAGAAGAAGAAGAAGAAGAAGAAGCUUCAUCGAACUGGAGGGAUUUUCAGAGCGGUGCAUUGCGGCUAACACAGCUAGCAGGAGCAACAUCAAUCUACAGCAAACUGCUUUGUGUUUACAAAGAGCACCACUAAGCAUCGUAUUACACCUCGGACAUUUCAAAUGGAUCUGGAAGAUGACACCACUAUUUUAACGACCCUGAAGUCCUUUAAUACUUUCAUUAGUCACCAUGAGCAUCCACAGCGUCCGUCAGAGCAGGCGGGGAGCGGGAACCUGCAGCCUCACUAUAAACGCAGCAUGGAGUUUUUGGAAGCAGCAGAGAGGGUUCACUCUCAGCACCGCUACCUGCAGCUGGACCAGGAGAAGAAGCAGAUGGAGCUGAGUCACAAACGAGCUCGGUUCGAACUUGAGAAGGCGGCUUCUGAAAACGCUAGAAACCUGGAGCAUGAAGUUGACUGCAACCAGGAACUUUUGGGGCGAAUAAAAACAUUAGAGGAGAGAGCGAAAGAAGCACGGAAGAACCUGUCAGAGCAGGUGGAAGCAAACGGUUCUCUUCGUAAGAACCUGGACGGCCUCAACAAGAAGCUGGACGAGCGAGACACCAAACUGAUGACAGCCGACCAGACCAUCAUGUCUCUGAGAGAUGAAAUCAGAGACCUUUGCCAGAAGAUUCAAACCCAAGAUGCAACUAUUUCUGCCCAAACUCUGGACAACCAGGAGCUGCAAGAACAGCUGGACUUACAGCGCAGGAAGUAUUUAGAAGCUUCUCAGCUUUGCCAAAGCCUCCAAGCAGAACAGUCUUCUUGUUCAGAGCACAUCAUCAAAAUCAAGGAGCUGGAGAGACGUCUAGCCCUCCAGGAACAGGAUAUCGCCAUUGUGAAGAGCGUGAAGUCCGAGGUGGCGAGAGUUCCAGAUUUGGAAAAAGAGCUGAAGCGUCUCAGGGAAGACAACGCCUUCCUGAGGGACAGCAGGGAGAACUGCAGCCUGUUGAAGGAGGAGGUGGAGGGACUGAGGAGGAAACUGGAGAGAAUGGAGAAGAAAAAAGAAGAGCUGGUUAACAUAGAGCUGGAGAAAGAGAGGCUGGCUGAGAAGCUGCAGGCCUGGGAAAACAUCGGACAGUCUACAGGACUCAACAUAAGGAAACCGGAGGAUCUGUCCAGGGAGGUGAUUCAGAUCCAGCACAGAGAAAUUGCUCUGAAAGAGCAGAACUACACACUCAGCAGCCGAGUCAGGAGCUUGGUGCAUUCCCAGUCUGAAGCCGGAGCGGAGCUGACCCAGCAGUGCGGCAGAACCGUGGAGGAGCAGAAGAAGAGAGAGGCUCAGGAUGCGCUCAUUCGACGACUACAGAAACGACUACUUUUGUUAACCAAGGAACGUGAUGGCAUGCGUGCUAUACUGGAGUCUUACGACAGUGAGCUAGCGUCAAACGAGUAUUCUCCUCAACUCAGUAAACGAGUCAAAGAGGCAGAAGACGUUCUGCAGAGGACACAAAAUCACAAUGCAGAGAUGGAGGCUCAGCUCAGUAAGGCACAAGAGGAGACAGGGACGCUCAAACUGCAGCUGCAAAAGCUGGAGCAUGAGUUGGAGACUGUAAAGACACAACUGGCUUCUUCAGCUGACUGCAGCUCUUCAGCGAACAAAGAAGAGGUCAACAUACUAAGGCAAAAAAUUGAAGAGUUGGAGAAGGAUCGACAGCGUUUGGAAGAGCAGAAUAACAUUCUGGAGAUGAGACUGGAGAGACACAACCUGCAGGGAGACUAUGAUCCCGUCAAAACCCGCGUCAUCCACCUGACGCUGAACCCAACUGCCGAGGCCAAGCAGCAGCGUCGGCAGGAAGCGGAGGCGGUCCAAGAGGAACUGACGCGUCUGAGGGAACUCGUACGCUCCUUCCAGGAAGGAGGCGUGGCCUCACAAGACGACUCCAACAUCCAUAUUCCUGGCUUUAGCAUCAACUUACCCCCAUCCAAGGAAGUGCUGGAUUUACGUAAGCAGAUGGAGAGCUCCGAGCUGAGGAACCAGAGGCUGAAGGAGGUGUUUCAGAAGAAGAUCCAGGAGUUCCGCACCGUCUGCUACGUCCUGACUGGUUACCAGAUAGACAUAACCACCGAGAACCAGUACAGGCUCACCUCCGUCUACGCAGAGCACAUGCAGGACUCGCUGCUCUUCAAAAAGGGCUCCAAUGGAAGCAUGCAGCUCAUGGAGACGGAGUUCUCCAAAACUCUGGGAGAAAUGGUGACCCUUCACCUCCACCACCAGAAGAGCAUCCCGGCCUUCCUCUCUGCCGUGACGCUGGACCUGUUCAGCCGACAGACCACCUUCUGAAGAGUGUCACCUCUUAAAUGGAAAAGUGUAAAAUUAGAUUUAUUUUUUUCUUAAAAUGGCCAAGUGGCUAUCAUAGCUUUGAAAUAUGUAUUGUAUGGAAAUUGAUGUAAUGUGAAUUUAAAACAUUUUUUUUUUCUUUUAAUGUCUUUUUUUUCUUUUCUUUAUUUUCUCCCAAAACUCGAUAGACAAAAUUUCAUGUUAAAGUUUUCUGCCCUGUCGGCCAUUAAAAUUAUUGCCCCUCAUAAAAAACUUUGGAAAUAAAAUGUAUCUUUUAUUGAAGUAACACAGUCUCCCACUGAAAAUCCAGUAGUACGCACAACUACUAUGAAGAUUUCUUUGUAAUGAAUAAAACAAAAAAUAUUA